AUCACCUGGCAAAAUCAAAAUGGCGUUCAGUAUGCGGGAUCCGUGGCUCUCUGCACAUGAUGCUUGCGAAGCGAUGGCGCGUGAAAUCAUGGAGCAAAUUGUGCAGCGGAACCAGUACGCCCGACAGACUUCGGCUCACAUUCAGGCUACCAGCAAGAUACGUCAAAGCCUGGGGAGAUACAGGAACGAAGUUUCAAAGUUGACCGCAGGCCUCACUGCUGCAAGCGACUCGUUCACGGUUGGUGAAGCUGAUCGGCGUAAAUACAUGAUCAGCACUCUGGUCAACAAGGGCCGUGAAAUGGAGGACCUGCUGACCGCAAAGCAGGGCUCCACUGGCCAGGCAAGAAGGAGUGAACUUUUUGGGAGCGACUUUGGGGCCGCGGGAGUCAGCGAGGGUGGCUGGAAUGCGGAGGAGACUGAAGCCACUCAGGAUUUGACUGUCGGCGAGAUCAAAGAGCAGCAGCAGAAGGCCCUCAGAGAGCAAGAUCGUGGUCUGGAGGGCCUCUCCCAUGUGAUUGGACGUCAGAAGGAAAUGGCCAUUGGCUUCAAUCAAGAACUUACCUUACACAAUGAAAUCAUAGACGACAUUGCGGACCACACUGACCGAAUGAGGGACCGCCUUCUCCGCGAGACGAAGAACGUGCAGAUAGUGGACAGGAAGUCCGGCACCUGUUGGUACUGGGUUGCCAUUCUCGUUUUGAUGGUUGCCAUCGUCGUCAUUGCUGCGGCAUUUUGAUUGCGUGCCGGUCAGGGUAUGGCCUGCAAAGAAAUUUGUUGUUGGGACUACCACAAAGCCUUUAUAUUAUUUUGUACAUAUUAUACAAGCUAAUCUAUUAGUGUGGCAUAUGCACGUUUAUGAAGCUACCCAAGAUUUUUAAGGCGCCCAUUGAAGGGUCGAUGUAAUUGCCAGAAAAACGAACCUGGGGAAAUAAAUUAUUUUUGUAGCAGC